AUGGCACCAGGGGCAGCCGAGAAGAAGGUCGAGAGGUCAUAUCUGAGCUCCGCUGUUGAUUCUUUCAAUCCUUGGGCUGCUAGUCGCAGCACAACUCCGACUCAAAAAGCCAAGGCAGAGGAGGAAAAUUCGAAGGUUACGGCUUCGGCGAACCCUGAUGAUCACACCACAACUCAUCUCUAUGGCCAGAGUUUUCGGACGUAUCCCUCAGGAUGCCCCCCUUUGAAGGUUCAGUGGUUCCAUGCCGUUGAUGUUCCCAAGCGGAAACCUCGCCUCAGCAAAUCCCCACAGCCUGAAAAGCCUUCGACACUACCAAAGAAGUAUAACCCCUUUUCUUCUUCAGAUUCAAAGGCUUUAGAAGCCGAGUAUCAGAAGCUGCUCGAAGAACUAGAGGAUGCCAGGACUCGAGCACCUGCAGAUGUGCAGCUGGCCCCGAGGAAGCGCAAAGCAGACGUUACAGACGAUACCACAGCCGGACUUACAAACCAGGAUAGCGGGUUGUCCGACUCGCAGUCAGCUGGCGUUCGUGUUCCUGUGAACGAGGACUUCUUAUUCGAUGUUGACAUUGAAUGCCGGGAAUUGGCUCCCGUAUAUUGGCUUGGUCCAGUUUAUGAUGUACGCAGAGGGACAUGGUUCUACCAUGAAGGCUCUAACUUGCGCCCUUGCGAGGAGAAUCUAGCCGCUCAGUUGGAGGAGGGCUACCUCAAAAUGAAGCCAUGGCUAUAUCCCACAAGGGAUCGUAGUCCAUCAGGAGCUAGAAGGAAUCUUACACCGAAAGCGUCGCAAGAGAACUUGCGUUCGAUAGCUAAGGGGGGAGUUGAGCAUACCGGCCAAAUGCCAGUUGCUGAUGUUUCUGCAACAGAACCGUCUUCUCGUGGCCAACUCCAACCCCAGUCAUACCGAUUAUUUGGAACAUACAUGAACAGUUUGGCAACAUACCACGAUGCAAACACCGCCUAUCUAAACACUGAUGGCAUGCUCUCUUGGGUGACUUCUUCCAUGUACCAAAGGUUCGCUGGUGGGAGCUAUAUGAGCGGAGUGAGACUGGUCCGCGGCUAUUUGGAACCUAGCAAGAAUAAAGAAAAAGACGCUGAAAAGGACAGGGGUGAAGAGAAACAACCCAACGCAGUCGAUUCGGGUGUUUCGCUGGACGAAAAGCAACAAAAGAUUCUGAAGCGAAGAUCAGCUCCGCCCUCUACCCGUGCUUCACAUGAAGACCUUGUUCAGGAUGGCAACGACAGUAAUUCGACCCGAGACCCUCGACGCGCAACACUUCAACGUCAACUUUCUUCCCUUCUCGAGGGUGAAGGAAAGACAAAGGCCGAAAAGGAAGAAGACAUACGGCGACGCGAAGAACAAGAGAUACAAGACGAUUACAAUGCGCAGGCCGGCGAGACCCAAGGCCGUGAAAUCGAGCAUCUGGUGCUUGUCACACACGGUAUAGGUCAGCUCCUUAGUUUACGAAUGGAGAGUGUCAAUUUUGUUCAUGACGUUAACGUCCUCCGCAAGACAAUUAAGUCAGUGUACGCCAACUCAGCAGAUCUGAAAGCAUUGAACUCGGAACUUGGGGCUGGACCCGGUAACUGCAGGGUACAAGUUCUUCCCGUGUGCUGGAGACACCUGCUGGACUUUCCUAAGAAGCGUGAGAAGAAGGGAGAGCGUGAUCUGGGAGAUGUGGACGACGAUGAAGAUGAAUAUCCAUCCUUGGACGACAUUACCAUCGAAGGGGUGGCUUUUGCACGCUCCCUGAUCUCGGACCUUGCCUUAGAUGUUUUGUUAUAUCAAAGCUCGUAUAGGACUCAAAUCUCGAGGAUCGUGCUCAAUGAGUGUAACAGAAUCUUCAAACUAUUCAAAGAAAGAAAUCCUGAUUUCAAAGGAAGGAUUCACUUGAUGGGUCACUCUCUGGGUUCCGCGAUUCUUUUUGACCUACUUUGCCAGCAAAAACGGGAUCAGUCCACUGAGCCAAAGUCCGUUCUGCGGUUGUGGCCAGCUCAAGAUAUUUCAGAAACACCCAACAAGGACCCCGAGCUCAACCUUGAGUUUAAAGUUGAGGAUUUCUUUUGCCUGGGCUCUCCAAUCGGCCUCUUUCAGAUGCUCAAGGGACAAACAAUAGCGGCCAGACAUCGCAAUGCAUCAUCCGACAUCAGCGAUGUUCACGGGGGACGUACACAAGGGGAUGGUUUUCGAACCGCACCACUUGCUUCAGGAGUCGAGCAGAUAUCCUCCUUGACUGGUCUUCCUAUAACUGUCUCAUCACCGAAGGUUCAGCAGCUCUUUAACAUCUUCCACCCAUCUGAUCCGAUUAGUUACCGCCUAGAGCCGUUGAUAUCUCCGACCAUGUCUACACUCAAGCCCCAACUGUUACCGUAUACAAAGAGAGGAAUAUUCGGCAAUGUUGCCCCACAGGGAUUGACGGGAAUCGGAGCAAAGGUCGGACAGAGCGUUAGCGGACUGUGGUCAAGCCUGAGUGCUGGAAUUGCCAGCAACCUACUCAAUCGGUCCCUUGGUUUGAGUAAUGAAGAAGUUGCACGGAUUACCGCCAGCGCCGAAGGCACAGGCUCCGAACCAGGAACUAAGACAACAAACCGAGACGUGCCAAAUGCUGCCGAGAAACGGGAAGCCACAGACGCACGCAUGAAGAAGCUUGCGGACUCUGCGUCUGUGCCCGACUCAGGAGCUGGUGAGCGUAACCCGACACUGAUAGACGAAGAAAUUGAAACCUUGUAUUCCAAUUUCCAGAAGACUCGUGCUGGGCCAAAUAAGGACCAGGAAACGACAGGAACAGCAACAGCAGACGAUGAUAAGAAGGCGCGCAAGAUGCGCAAUGAGGAAGCUAAAGUUCGAGCACUCAACCGUAACGGCCGAGUUGACUACAGCAUUCAAGAGAGCGUCCUGGAUUUCAAUCCAAUCAAUACCAUUGCAUCUCACAUGGCAUACUGGGCUGAUGAAGACGUAAACCAUUUUGUGCUCUCGCAGCUGCUGUCGAACAGGUCGAGUGUGAAGAAGAACGAGACCGAGCCUCCAUCAAAGAACGAGUGA